AUGGAUAAACACAUAUUGUUCGUAUGUGUGUUUUUCAUUGUUAAUGUAUUUCAAGCACAAUCGCGAACAUUUACUGAAGAAGAUUGUCCUGUUUGCGUGCUUACAAUUGAUAAGUUUUCAAAAUCACUUGAAGGCGAAUUAAAACCAAAAAAUAUUGAAGAACAAUUCAGAAAAUAUUGUUUGUCUACAAAGAUUGAUAAGGAAAAAAGACUGUGUUACUAUUUGGGUGGAUUAGAAGAUUCUGCAACUGGUAUAUUAAGUGAAAUGUCAAAACCUUUAUCGUGGUCCAUGCCGGCACUUAAAAUCUGCGAACGCUUAAAGAAAAUGGAUGCUCAAAUCUGCGAUAUUAAAUAUGACAAAGAAAUUGAUUGGAAAACAGUCAACUUAAAGAAGAUGAAAGUUAAAGAUUUGAAGAAAAUAUUGGACAACUGGGGAGAAAUUUGUGAUGGUUGUUUAGAAAAGACAGAUUAUAUUAAAAGAGUUGAAGAAUUAAAACCAUCUUACGUCAAGGAAGAGUUAUAA